AGCUUUGUUCCAUCCACUGUGUGCUUUGUGAGGGACCUCCAGUUGUCUUCCUUGCUGCCAGUGUCCUGAUGUGCUUUCUCCAGCAUCCUUCUUAAGACCAAGUACUGUAUCUUCGGUAUGCCUGGGAAAUGAACUGAGGACAAACCAGAGAGCACUUUUUCUUCAUGAAGUGUGUGAUCUCCUCUGAGACCAUGAGGCUUCUCUCCAUGCUGGUUCUGCUCGCUUGUUUUUGUGCCUUUCAUAUGACGAUGGCCACUGACAUCCUUCUGGAAGUUUUAGAUCAUGUAAACAUCGAGCAGCUUCCCACCAUCACAGCUCAGUCACCGCGUUCGCUCAUCGCCUUCCCUUUUGACGACAGCUACGACAUGACGUGUGAAGCCAAAGGGAAUCCCGAGCCACAAUUUAGGUGGACAAAGGACGGGCAGGAAUUUGACCCCUUUCAAGACCCCCGCCUGAUGAAAGAGGAGAGUUCUGGGACCUUUAUGAUACCUAAUGAUGGGAACCUCACCGAGUACGAGGGAACGUAUCGCUGUUACGCCUCAAACAGCCUGGGGACGGCCAUGUCAGAGGAGAUUGAGUUCAUUGUGCCCCAUGUUCCAAAGUUUCCAAAAGAAAAGAUUGAUCCUGUCAGGGUUGAGGAAGGCCAGCCUUUCAUUUUAGAGUGUAACCCACAAGGAAUUCCUCCUCUGCAGAUCUACUGGAUGACCAUCAAUCUCCAGCACAUCGAGCAGGAUGAGAGGGUGUCCAUGGGUUUGAAUGGAGACCUGUACUUCUCGCAUGCCGUGGAGAAAGACAGCAGGAGAGACUACUGCUGCUUCGCCGCCUUCCCCAGAAUACGAACCAUCGUCCAGAAAACGGCCAUGUCUGUCAUCGUGAAGACCACAAAUGCAAUUUUAGAGAGAAGACCCUCUCUUCUGACACCCUCUGGUGUUCAGUCUGUGGCAUCACUGCUCAAAGGAGAAGACUUGAAGUUGGAGUGCAUUGCUGAGGGAUUUCCAACACCACAGGUUGAGUGGGUGAAGGUGGGCCACCACCUUCCUGACAAAGCAACGCUGGAGAAUCAUGGAAAACUCUUAAUUGUGCCAAGGACUGAGCAGGAGGACAGUGGGAAAUACAUGUGCAAGGCAAAGAACGCACUUGGAGAAGUUGCUCAUUACUUUACAGUAACAGUGGAAGAGCCUCCAGAAUGGCUGUUUAAGCCCGAGAGUCAGCUCAGUAUGAUCGGCUCAAAUGUGCUCAUCAAAUGCUCUGCCACUGGGACUCCUAAGCCAGCCAUCAAGUGGAGCAUCAAUGGAGUACCCCUGAAUGAGGAAGCCAACAGAAAGGUGUUUGAAGAUACGAUAAUUUUGCAUAAUGCCAAAGCAGCUGACAGUGCAGUGUAUCAGUGCGAGGCCUCUAACAGACAUGGAACUCUUCUGGCCAAUGCAAACAUUAUGAUCAUGAAUCUGCCUCCUGUGAUUCUGACACGGGAGGGUCAGGAUUACUCUGCUGUCGAGGGGAAGGGGGUCAUCAUGCACUGCAAAGUCUUCAGCUCGCCUCCAUCCACCAUCAGUUGGACGAAAGACGAUUCUUCUGAUUCUGUGGAGGGUCUGAGGUUCAAUCUUCACAGUAAUGGUUCCUUAGAGAUCUACAGUGUUGAGAAAGACGACAUGGGACAGUACACAUGUUACGCUAAGAACAUAGAAGGAGCGUCUGUUAUCGAUGCCAUGCUCUUUGUGAAAGAUCCCACGAGAAUAGCUGUGGCCCCGGAGGACCAACGUGUCUUAAUUGGUACCACAGCUCAGCUCUCGUGCCUGGUCGAGUAUGACAAGACCUUCAACAAUGACUUUGAGCUCCUGUGGGAGAAAGAUGACGAGGAGAUCGCCCUCAACAGCACAGACAGUUCGAGAUACUUUGUGGAGGAUGGCACACUUCAGAUCAUCAACGUAAGCCACAGGGACCAGGGUGUGUACACAUGUGUGGCAAGAAGUCCGAUCGACCAGGACAGAGCCUCGGCACUGCUCAUGGUGUUAGAUGUCCCCGAUCCACCUCACAAGUUGGUUUUGUCUGAACACAAGAGCAGAAGUGUCAAAUUGAAAUGGAUUCCGGGCGACGAUCACAACAGCUCCACCACAGAAUUUAUUAUCGAGUAUGAGGAAAGCCAGUGGGAGCCAGGGAACUGGAAGGAGCUGCUCAGAGUGCCUGGGAACCACGGCUCUGCUGUCCUGAAGCUCCACGGCCAUGUGGACUAUCGCUUCCGUGUGUCAGCGGUAAACGCUGUGGGGCGGGGUCAUCCCAGCAGGCCCACCGAGAGAUACAAAACUCCCCCAGCAGCCCCAGACAAGAACCCUGAAAAUAUCAAAAUCAAAGGUUAUUUGCCACAUGAAAUGGAUAUCAACUGGGAGCCCCUGUUACCCAUUGAGCACAAUGGCCCUGGUCUGGAAUACAAGGUGAGUUACAGGCGGCAAGACCUGCAGGAGGACUGGACGGAGCACACAGUCAAGAGACACUCCUUUGUGGUGAAGGGCACACCCACCUUUGUGCCUUACGAGAUCAAGAUUCACGCCAGGAACCACCAAGGAUGGGCCCCGGAGCCCAAAAUAGUGACGGGAUUCUCAGGAGAAGACUUUCCCUCGGCUGCGCCUGAUGAUGUGGCGGUGGAGGUGAUGAACAGCUCAGUGGUCAAGGUUAGCUGGACACGUGUUCACAAGGACAAGUUACAUGGACAUCUGGGAGGCUACAGGAUAAACUGGUGGCAUUUACGCAGUCUGGUGGAGUCCAAGAAAAGCCCCGGAAACAAGCACACUCUGACGUUCCCUGAGGAUCGGAACCAUGCAAUCAUCCCGGGACUAACACCUUUCUCUGAGUACACACUCAUUGUGAUGGCCUUCAAUGGGCGGGGCAACGGGCCCGGCAGCCAUCCUGUCAACUUCAAAACCCCAGAGGGAGUCCCAAAGAGAAAUGCUGUUUUCAGGGUCACUGAUGUACAGAAGCACACAGUCUCUGUGGCCUGGGCUCCACCGCUGGAGCCUAAUGGAAUCCUUACCCGAUACCUCCUGGAAUAUCAGAUGAUCAAUAACACAGAUGAAGUGGGGCCGCUGCAGGCUGUCAACAUCAGUAACCCUGAAACCUCCAAGUGGAUUCUACGAGACUUGGAAGCUGUGAGCAAAUACAAGUUGUACCUGCGCUCUUGCACCACAGUGGGCUGCGGGCCCGUCGCCAGCGUGGAGUGCACCACCACACUGGAAGCACGUCUGGCCAGCAUCCACGGAGGAAUCUCCACCCAGGGCUGGUUCAUCGGCCUGAUGUGUGCCAUUGCGCUGCUCACCCUCAUCAUGCUGAUCGCCUGCUUUGUCAACAGGAACAAGGGGGGGAAGUAUUCUGUCAAAGAGAAAGAAGAUCUUCACCCGGACGUGGAGUCUCAAGGCAUGAAUGACGACACGUUCUGUGAAUACAGCGACAAUGAUGAGAAGCCACUGAAGGGCAGCCAGCGCUCACUGAGUCGGGAGAUCAAAGCGGCCGAUAGCGGGGACAGCCUGGUGGAUUAUGGUGACGAGGACGCCCACUUCAACGAGGAUGGCUCCUUCAUCGGUGAGUACGCCGCACGCAAGGAGAAGAGGGCAUCGGCUGAGGUCAAAGCAGCUAUUCAGAGUGCGGCGUGAAGAGCUCAACCAUCAGUGAGAAAAACUGACAUUAUCCAGUUUGUUGUGUCGUCACGACUACACACUGCCAUGUUUGUUUGCCAACACAUUACUAAAUUCUUUGUACAUAUAGUGUAUAUUGUAAGUGUGUUGCUUUUUUCACUUUUUUUUUUUUAAACACAAACACAUUUAGUGAUUUCUUUUUCUAUAAAUUCAGCUGGAGCCAUGUUUGUACAAAAUGAUGAUAAAGAUGAAGAUUUCAUUUUAUUUGACUCUGACAUCACAUUGUCCUUCAACUCAGAAAUGAAGAGAUAUCAGGCCAAUAUUUUUGAAUUGGAACAGAUGUUACUGACCUUUUAUAUUUCAGAUGGACUCAUUAAAUGUGAUGUAAGAUGUGUAUAAAAGCUGCUUAGUAACUUAUUUUUUCCAGUGAUUUUAUACCUGACAGAAUAACAUGGAAAGUCAUAUGUGGUGCAUAUCAUGAGUCAUAAAUCAUUUGUUUGGGUAUUGAUAGAUAGUACAAUUAGUUUUAGUCCAUUUUAAAAGAAUGAAUUAAAAAAAAACUGUCUGUACUUGUAUUAGAACUGUUAUUACACAUCGGUGCAUCUGUGGAUUUCACCAAAUUCACUUUGACAUUAAGGUAGAGAGAAUGUUUCAAAUGAAAA